AAAUCAAAAUGCACUGGUCUGAUUCUCAAUUCCUGGUGUCCUUUCGAAUUCUUCCCAGAAGCACUUGCCAACAUGUCGUCACAACCUCUUGUUGUUUUGGUUUUCAGCGGUAAAAGAAAAUCUGGAAAAGACUAUGUGACAGAUUUAUUACAAAAAAGAUUUGGUGAAAUAAAUUGCUGUAUAAUGAGGUUAUCUGCACCAUUGAAGAGUCAGUAUGCCAAGGACCACAAUCUAGAUUAUGAGAAACUUCUAGAUGCCUCAGACUAUAAAGAGAAAUACAGGAAAGAUAUGAUUCGAUGGGGAGAGGAACAACGAUUAAAAGAUCCCGGUUAUUUUUGUCGAUUAACAACUAGCGGAGAAGAUUCUAAGAAACCAGUGUGGAUAAUCAGUGAUGCAAGGAGAAAACCUGAUAUUGAAUAUUUUAAAAUUAAUCACAGUCAAGUUACAAGAACAAUAAGAGUUGAAGCAGAAGAGAAUAUUAGAAUUAAACGAGGAUUUGUUUUUACAGAAGGUGUAGAUGAUGCUGAAUCUGAGUGUGGUUUAGAUGAAAAUAUUAACUGGGAUUAUAUUAUUGAUAAUAAUGGUGAUGAAGAACAAUUAAACAAGUCAUUACAACCUAUUAUAGAUUAUGUUGAAAGUCAACUUAAAUCUUGAUGUCAUUAAUAACAUAGUUUAUUUAUUGGGUGAUUUUAUUAACAAGAAUUUAUUAAUAUAUAAAUUUUAUUCUCAUACUAUGUGUAUUUUGUAUUAAUAUGAACAUUUUUCAUGAGUUAAGCAAGGAUCUGCAACGGACUGAAUAUGGAAUGUUUUGCUGAAAUAAUUUUUGUGAGAUCCCAAAGUAACUAUGC